AACGAAGCCCAACAAUUUAUAUCAAAGGGUCAAAACAGUGAGUGUAUUUUACAGCCGCUACCCGAACUCUUUUCCUCCUCCACCACGUUCUUGUCUUUCAGUUUAAACACCGUUAAUAUUACUCUCUCCAGUCUCCAGUCUCCAGUAGAAAACGUUUGUGCAAGGAAAACGCAAUCACCACCAGAAACUGAAGGAAAACGCAACUUUGAAUUCUGGAAAUCAAUGUGAGGUCUGUUGUUCUACAAUGCUUCAAUGGAUUUCAUGCAGUAAAUACCUUUUUCAUGCAUGUGGUCCUUCUAGAAAAAGCCUCUCACACCCCUGGAAAUGUGUGCGAAAAGACUAGUGAAUGGAUAGUCGCAGAGCUUAAAUUACUGAUGCCUGGGUAAAAUGCUGAGAAUAUUCAAUGUUAUAAACCUAAAUUUAAAAGGCACGAGAGCUGCCUAUGGAAAUGCUUCAAUCAGAUUAGAAAAUGUAACCAGGAGCUACCGCGUAGAUGCCAGGCACUAUGAAGAGUUGUCUCUUCUGCUUCAAAGUUCCCAAAGUUCAUUAGCAUUCAAACCCAAUUACCAAGUAUUAUGUGCCAUUCUAAAAUCCUGUGCUGCCCUCAUAGCCAUCAACUUUGGGAAGUCUCUUCAUGGUUAUGUUGUCAAACAGGGCCAUCUUUCCUGCCAGUCUAUCUCUAAAGCUCUGCUUAACAUGUAUGCCAAAUGUGGUGUAUUGGGUGACUGCAAAAUGCUUUUUGGUCAAAUAGGCUCCUCGGAUCCUGUCAUAUGGAACAUUAUCUUAUCUGGGUUUUCAGCAUCCCGAAAUUAUGAUGCUGAGGUAAUAAGACUCUUUCAUGAAAUGUGUUUAGGUGGGAAGCCUAAGCCCACAUCUGUUACCAUUGCUACCAUUCUUCCUGUGUGUGCUCGCAUAGCAGAUUUAGAUGUGGGGAAGAGCGUGCACUCUUAUGUGAUAAAGUCUGGAUUGAUGACAGAUGUCUUUGUUGGAAAUGCUCUUAUAUCAAUGUAUUCAAAAUGUGGGCUAGUUUCUGCUGAUGCAUACGCUGUGUUUAAUAGCAUUAUUGACAAAGAUGUUAUUUCAUGGAAUGCAAUGAUUGCAGGGUUGGCUGAAAAUGGAUUCAUACAUGAUGCAUACAAGUUAUUCAGUUGGAUGCUCAAAGGACCAGUUGAACCAAAUUAUGCAACUAUUGCAAAUGUUCUGCCAAUAUGUUCUUCUUUAGAUAAAAAUACAGCGUACUGCGCUGGGAGAGAGAUCCAUUGUUAUGUUCUGCGUCGGAAUGAAUUGGCAGCAGAUGUUACUGUGUUCAAUGCUUUGGUAAGUUUUCAUUUACAACUUGGACGAAUGGAACAAGCGGAAUCCUUGUUCCACCGAAUGAAAUCAAGAGAUUUGGUUUCAUGGAAUGCAAUUAUUGCAGGGUAUGCUUCAAAUGGUGAGUGGUCAAAAGCAUUGGAUCUGUUUCACAAAUUACUCUCACUGCAGACAAUUGGGCCAGAUUCUGUUACCAUUGUGAGCAUUCUUCCUGCUUGUGCACAGUUACAGAACUUGGAGGUGGGGAAAAAGAUCCAUGGGUACAUUCUUCGACAUUGUAGCCUAUUUGAAGCUACAACGGUUGGAAAUGCCAUGGUUAGUUUUUAUGCAAAAUGCGAUAAGCUUGAAGCAGCUUUUGAGACUUUUUUGAUGAUUUCUAGGAGAGAUUUGAUAUCAUGGAAUACCAUACUUGUUGCCUUUGCAGAGAUUGGGUAUAGUAACAACUUUUUGAACCUAUUAGACGGGAUGCUAAGGGAAGGUAUGAGGCCUGACCAUAUAACCAUUUUAAGCAUAAUAAAAUUUUGUGUUGCAAUUUUGAGAGUAGAUAAGGUUAAAGAAAUUCAUAGCUAUUCAAUUAGAUCUGGCCUUUUGGUGGGCGAUUGUGAGCCUACUAUUGCAAAUACGAUGCUUGAUGCAUAUGCCAAAUGUGGUAACAUGAUGUAUGCUUUCAAUAUUUUUCAGAGUUUAUUGCAGAAAAGGAAUUUGGUUACUUGCAAUUCUAUGAUUUCAGCUUAUGUGAGUUGCGGAUCACUGGAUGAGGCAUAUAUGAUAUUUAACAGAAUGUCUGAAACAGAUCUCACCACUUGGAAUCUAAUGGUUCGAGCUUAUGCUGAAAAUGGUUUUUCUGCUGAAGCCCUCAGUCUGUUCCUUGAGUUACAAACUCAAGGAAUGAAGCCUGAUGCGAUGACCAUUAUGAGCCUCCUUCCCGUGUCUUCUCAAAUGUACUCAGUCCACCUGCUGAGACAGUGUCAUGGAUAUGUGAUGAGAGCUUGUCUUAGUGAUCUGUGCUUGAAAGGAGCUCUGUUGGAUAUGUACGCAAAAUGUGGUGCCAUAGUAUGUGCUUAUAAGCUAUUUCAGUCAAGCUUGGAUAAGGAUCUGGUUAUGUUUACAGCUAUGGUUGGCGGGUUAGCCAUGCAUGGAAUGGGAGAGGAAGCACUGAGGGUCUUCUCUCACAUGCUUGACUUGGGUGUAAAGCCAGAUAAUGUUGUUAUUACUGCUGUUUUAUCUGCUUGUAGUCAUGCUGGCCUGGUGAAUGAAGGGUUGAAGAUAUUUAAUUCGAUAGAAGAGGUUCAUGGGGUCAAACCAACAAUGGAACAGUAUGCUUGUGUGGUGGAUCUCCUUGCGAGAGGUGGACAAAUUGAGGAUGCAUUUUCUUUUGUGUCCAGGAUGCCUAUUGAAGCUAAUGCUAGCAUAUGGGGAACACUGCUGGGUGCUUGCAGGACUCAUCGUAAGGUGGAAUUGGGCCGUGUUGCGGCAGAUCAUCUUUUUAAAAAUGAAGCUAAUAAUACUGGGAACUACGUGGUGAUGUCAAAUCUAUAUGCAGCAGAAGCUAGAUGGGAUGGGGUCAUGGAGAUAAGAAAGCUGAUGAAAACACGAGAUCUAACGAAGCCAGCAGGAUGCAGCUGGAUAGAGGUGGAGAGGAGGAAGAAUCUUUUUAUAGCUGGAGACUGGUCUCAUCCAGAAAGAAGUGUUAUUUACAGCACAUUAAGUGCAUUGGACCAACAAAUAAGAGCCAGUUUAAACAUGAGUUUGUCAAUGCCUAAUUUUCUGAAUGCAGAAUCAUUCUGUCACUUCGCAUUUAGGUUUGGCAUUCCAGUGAGCCGCUCCAUACAUACUCUUGUUAAGCAACCAAACCUAAUUUUUUUUUAACGCCAAAGUUCAUGAUAGCACAUGGGAUGCUUAGCUGCUGCUUCAGAAAAAUCUCGAAUCUUGGAUAAGUUUGUUACAUGCCCCUUCAUCAAGUUAACUGAUGUAAUGAAGAUGUGAAGGAAGUUCAGUGGUUUGGUAACCUGGUGGAAAUCUCUCUAAGAGUUUCCGGCAACUCUCAUGUCUGGAACGUUGGAAUGAUUCUUACAUGUUUCACCUGCGUACAUUCUUCCCACGGUUCCACCAUUUCCAUUGGCAAAGCAUAGGGUAUACCUCUUGGAAGUCGCCAGUAAUUCUCGUCGUGCCAAGAACAUUACAGAUAGCAGGCACACGUUUAAGGAUUCUCAGACACGCAGUUAAGGGACUCGCACUGUGGGAGACUACACACUGCACACUAAGCAAGCUCAAGUUCCUACUACAGACAUGCUACCUUGUACGGACCUAUACCUUAGAGCGGAAUGUCCUUACCAUAGCAAAUAUGUUCCUUGGGAGACAUUACUAAAGUCCGGUGCCACCAUGGAAGUGCCAGGUGCUAGUACAGAGUAAUGGACCUAUACCUUAGAGCGGAAGGUCCUUACCAUAGCAAAUAUGAUCCUUGGGAGAAAUUACUAAAGUCAUGUGCCACCAUGGAAGUGCCAGGUAGGGAUGGGCAAAUACCCAUUGGUUAUGGAUAACCGCGGUUAUGGGUAACCGCGGUUAUCCAACCAUUUAAAUUUCACGGUUACGGUUAUGGGUAACCGUUUAGAUAAAUAAACGACUAUGGGUAUAACCGUUUACUCGUGAAAUUUAAAUAGGUGGUUAUGGGUAUUAACCGUGGUUAUAAACGGAUAACUAUUUACCUGUUUAUUUUAUAUAUGUAAAAUUAACACAAAUUGUGUUCCCACAAAACUUAAAUCAAUGCUAUUGACUAUAAUGCAUGGUUUCUAUAGUUAAUAUAAUAUAGACUCAGCACAGUUUGAGGGACUUGUAGCCGUUUGAUCAAAUUUCAAGAGUUCGGAUCUCCAGAUCCUUAGGACUUGGUGGGGGAGAUUCGGCUGGAAUCUCUAUCCCAGUUUGAGAAUAUAUCAUCUCACUGCAUGUGUCCGGAUAUAUGCUAGUGCAGUGCAAUUCAGUUGUUCAAAUUUUGGUGACAAUUAAUAUAUGAUGCAGAUGGGUAUAAUCCAUUAGAUCCAUAUGCCAACAUAAUAAUCAGAUAAGAUUUUCUGCAGCAAAGUGGAACAAAUAUAAACAUAUUAUAUUU